UGUAGCUGAGGCUAACUGUAGCUGAGACUAACUGUAGCUGAGGUUAACUGUAGCUGAGGCUAACUGUAGCUGAGGCUAACUGUAGCUGAGGCUAACUGUAGCUGAGACUAACUGUAGCUGAGGUUAACUGUAGCUGAGGCUAACUGUAGCUGAGGCUAACUGUAGCUGAGGUUAACUGUAGCUGAGGUUAACUGUAGCUGAGGCUAACUGUAGCUGAGGCUAACUGUAGCUGAGGCUAACUGUAGCUAAUACAAACUGUAGCUCAGUGAAUAGGGAGGUCACCUGUCCUCAGUCUCUGCAGAUUUGUCAAAGCUCCGCCCAUCAUCGUCUUCCAUCAGAUUGCCCCACCUGUUUCUGCCCCCUCCCCCCUCUGCAGACAUGUACAGCACCCCGAGGAGGUGGGAGCUGAAACCUCUGUCCCCCGUGCUGCAGCCCUCAGACCUGCGUUCCAUUGCUGGUCCUAGUCCCGACCUGGGCUCCCAGGAUUCUGUGUCCUCGGCUGUGCUCUCACAGUGGAGGGACGAGUCCCCGAACGUGCUGGUCACGGCACGGCAGGUGGUUCUGUCCCAGGAUGAGACCCUCAGCAGUGACGAGUGGCAGCCCAGCAGCCCCAGCAGCAGCUCCGGCUCUCACUGUGGCUUCUACUCGUUUGUGGAGGACGCCACAAGUCCUGAAGCCCAGCAGAACCAAGCCUGGAUGGUGUCACCACAGCGACAGGCCCAGCUGGCCGUCCUGAAAGAGGAGAAGGAAUUCAAACUACAGACCUACAGCAGCUGCAGGAAGCCAGAGAGUCUGUUCUCAGAGAGCAACGGGGACUCGGACUACAAAGUGGACCCAUGUAACGGCAUCCGAGUGACGGAUGAGGACGAAGAGAAACUACUUCGCAUGGAAAUCAUUCGCAGCCAAGCUCCCAAGAAGAACCAACCAGAAGCACAGAAACCGGUGCAGAACCCAGACCCAGUCCUGUCCACAGAAAGACUGCUUGAAGGUUUCAGUCUGAGCUUCAGUCCUGACCGGGUCAGACCAGAACCGGCUCAGGCUGUGGACCCUGGAACCGUUGAUAAAGAGCAGAUCAACUUCAGCUCAGCCCGACAGAAGUUCCUGCAGAUGGAGGAGGAGCGACGGGUACAGCUCCUCAGCCCAGUCCGGUCUUCCAGAACCCACCUGAACCUCAUUCCUGAUGUGUUUGUGUCCAGAAAGGUGAAUAUUUCUGACUCUGUGGAAGCGAGUGAUGAGCCAACUCUGAGUGAAGCAGACGAGGAGACAGCUUCUCAGAGGAAGGACUUGAUGUUUGAAGGUCUGAGCAGGCAGACCGAUGGGUUUGACCACCUGGACUCUGUGGAGAUGGCUGGUGGCUCCACUAGUGAGGGUUACCUGUUCAACAACACUCAGCAGGACAGCUGGACCAGCGGGUCUACAGUCCACCAGGAAACCCCCAUUGAAAGGGAGAUCCGUUUGACUCAGGAACGUGAAGAGGAUCUGCRGCGGUCUCGAGGUUUGAAGCUCAGCUGGGCUGGAGGAGAGAUGGUCCAGGUCAAAACCAGACGUUCACACCUGUCUCUGACACCAGACAAGGUCCACAAAAAGAACCAAAGGGGGUUCGUCCUCCCCAGAGAGACKCAAAAGGAGAGCCAGAGGAAGGAGCCACCUCAGCAACAAGAACAAAUCUUAGAAGAAGACAACCUGGACCCCCCACUCUACAUGGAGGACACAAGGACUGAGGCCAACCCACAAAAUGAGAACAAGACCGUAGAGUCCGAGUCUGAAACAGAUGAGGUUUUCCUGUCUCCAUGCUGUCCUCACAGACACCCUGAAGAAGUCUGGUCCUACCAAACCUCCUCCUUCACCACCAAAGAGUCUGAGGUCCAGGACACGAGAUGUUUCCAGCACCAGGAUCAAUCAGCUCAGGUUCCCUCUUCUCCAGCCUCCCUAACACCACCAACUGUCCACAAAACAGCUCCUCUGUCCUGGAGGGAGAGCCUCCAGUCCACUGGCCUGCAGUCCAGAGGACAAGGAGCUCCAUGUUUCAUCGAGAAGGAGAUCGAGGAGGACCUGAGACGGGAACAAGAGCUGAGGGAGAUGAGAGAAUCCAUGAAGGAAAACAACCAACACCUCUUCUCUCCAGCUCCUCUGGUGGAACAGGCAUCCAACAUGGCCGCCAAGCAGUUCUACCCUCCAUCAAACUCAGAAAAAGAUGUCAGCACCUCCUCUCCUCGUCCUGGAGUCUGUGUGCCAUCCAUCUCCUACAUCACUGCUAAACCCUGGACCUCCUCACCUGCUCCAGCCUUCACAGCAGGGGUUCGGAUGGCUCCUUUGGUUCCUCGAAGUCUAACAGAGUCUUUGCUGCAGGACUUUGAAGAGCAUCAAGCCAAACUGAAGCUAGAAGAAAGCUCUUACGCAGGAAUCCACCUGGUUGAUGACAUCAACAACGAG